AUGACAACACCAAAAGCAACAUCAUCCAUGCCUACAGAAGUUGUGACAACCAGAGUCAAAGCAGAGGAUCCAUGGACCAAACAGGCCAUAGAAAUUAUAGAGAGAAGAACGAGAAGCACGGCACCAAGCACACCCCAUAAUACACCGACACACAAGCCUACAAGCUUGACCACUGGAAACUCUGAAGAAUCCACCACAAUACCUACACAUAAACCUGAGACAAAAAGCACAGUGACCAGUACUGACAGCUCACCAUCUCCAACAUCCAUCACAGCAGGAAUUGGAAAUCCAGACUCAUGUUGUACAAAAGUUACGACAACCAAAGUCAAAGUUGAACAAAUUGUUAGCUACUUGCAUCAAGAUGAUAUACUAUGUCCUAUAAAAGCUGUAAGGUUUAAAUUGUUAAAUGGCAGGGAAAUAUGUUCUGAUCCAAAUGAUUCUUGGACCAAAAAUGCCAUAAAGAAAAUAAAUGCAGGCAAAACCACACCAACUCCCAAAACCCCAUCAACAUAUGGAAGAAAAAACACUCUGAGCACAUCUUCUCCAGAAAUAAGUAGAGGAAGCACAGCAACCAUGACAACACCGAAAGCAACAUCAUCCAUGCGUCCAGAAACAAGUACAGAAAGCACAUCAACUACGACAACACCAAAAGCAACAUCAUCCAAGGGUCCAUGGACAACAACGAAGAUGAUGACUACUACUGCUACGAAUCCGCCAACAACCGAUAGCAAGACUACUCAUACGACGACGCUGCCAACAACAAGAGUGACCACGACAACGCCGUCAACUGCAUGGAAAAAAACAACACACACCACUCAUACAUCUUCCACCAGAAUACCAUUCGGGAAGGACAACAAACCACGUGAGUGGACGACAACAACAACAACAACAACAACUUCAUCAACGCAAAUUACAACAACAGAGAUGACCACUAUGACGGAUAAAACUCCAAUGCCAACUUCUGUGACAAGACAAAACGGACUGACCAGGACCUCCAGGACCUCACCUCGGAUAACUACGUCGAAACCGACACCGUACACCAGUCCUACAGCAUCCACCAAAAGGUUGCAUGGGAAAAUCUGGACUCUGAUGACAACAAUGCAGACUGCUACAGAAAGAAAGCCGGUUACAACUAAACCCAUGACUAUGAAAACAUCUACAAAGCCAAUGACAGCAAUCCUGCAAAGACCAACAAAGAUUACAAUACGGUGCCAAACGUCCAUGCUGAAAAGUACUGGAAAUAAACUGCCAUGGACAGUCAGACGCUUGAUAAAGAAAAAGAGGAAGGGCCUGAGAAGGGCACAGAUGAAUAUAAAAUGUUUAUGAAAAAGAUUUUUGAUUGAGUUCUUUUCGAAGGCCAAAGACAAGGAUCUUUUGACCGCAGACCAUGAGAAAAAUCAUGUGGUUAUACUCCAUCGGUACACUUUCGUUCCACGUUGACUCAUUCGACCUCAAUGCGCUUUUGGAGACUUUUGACGAAUACGUAGCGCUUGGUUUCUGAACAAUCCAUGGGUGUCAAUCAAAUAUAUGGUAGAUGACAUCAUUGAAACAACUCAACAUUGUCAAUUUUGAAGGCCAAAGUUGAAGGAUACAAUCCAGAACCAGGUGUAUGGGGUCUUCAGAGGUCCAGAUAUGUUUAAUAAUAUAGACUGAUAGACUUUUUAAUAUUAUUAUAAUUAUUAUUUGUUCAUUCUUGUUUAAUUAUGUAUUGUAUAUAUAGAUAUAUUAGGGCUGUCAAUCGAUUGAAAUAUUUAACUCAUGAUUAUUUGCACAUUUUUAUUUGUUCUAAAAUUACCUUAAAUUGAUACAGUUCAAGUUUUUAAUACACUAAUCAACAUGGGCAUUGACCCAUUAACCAAACUCAAUAUAGAGCAUGAAGAACAUAGACAUGUUUCAAUGAUGGCAGACAUGUUUUUCAAAGAACUUCAUGCCUAUUAAACAAGUGGAAAAAAAAACAUCGAAAAAUCACAGGUUUCCAUUACUUCUCUUUCUAAAACAGACAUUACUGCUUACAUUUUCAGAGGACGGGGUGGCUCAUAAAAAAUACUCUUGUAAACGUUUUAAAGUAAUUGUGGUGUUUGAAAUGACGUAAAUCAUCAGGACACCAGACGGAAUUUUGCUAUGUUUCCACACGGACGGUUUUCAUUGCCGGAUUUGUUCAUCGUGCUGGAAUUUGGUGCUUGAUUUAAGACUUGGAACAAUGAUUUAGUGUGAUAUAUAUAUCUGAGUAAAGAAAUGAUGUCAUGAAUAAAUGUGUGUUUCGUUGCAGGUUUUAA